GCGCCGCAACAGGAGAGGGGGGCUCCAGAACAGAAUUAAAUUACACCUGUAUAAAAGAAUCAUCUUUCGGCGCGCCUGUGUCAUUUUUCUAGUCCAGCAGAAGACUUAAUUCGACAAUGUGGAUUUCAUUGGUCGGGUUGGGGCUACUUCUAGUAGCAGCCAACUGUGUACCAGUGCCAACACCGGCAGCUGCACCUACAGGGGCACCAACAGAGGCAGUAAAACGUGAUAAGAAAUCGAUCGAAGAUUACGGUCCUAUUUCUGGUGGUUGGGAAGAAAAAACCGGAUGGGCCCCAGAGCCAGAGAUCGAGCAUCACCCUGUGCAUCAUCAUGAACCUGAACCAGAGGGUGUCUGGAAGAAGAAGUUAGUCUGGAAAGAAGAAUGGAAACAAGUCUGGCGAACGGAGAAACAACAGAUUUGGAAGACAGCUUGGAAGAAGAUCCAAGUCCCAAUCUGGAAAGAAAUUAAAAUCCCCAUCUGGAAGGAAAUCCAAGUUCCCGACUGGAAAGUAGUUCAAAAACCAAUCUGGAAAGAAAUUCAAGUGCCAAUCUGGAAGGAACACCAAGUGCCCGACUGGAAAAAGAUCUGGAAGCCAGUGUGGAAGGAGAUUCAGGUCCCUGUCUGGAAAGAGCACCAAGUCCCCGACUGGAAGCAAAUCUGGGUUCCUGAAUGGGUGAAACAAUGGGUUCCUGGAGAGAAAUCCCACGGUAAAGAUGAGCACGGGUGGGAAUACACAUCGCACGGACUUUGGAAGAAGAAGUUGAUCUGGAAGCCUGAAUGGAAGAAAAUCUGGAAGACCGAGAAGAAACUCAUCUGGGUGCCAGAGAAGAAAUUGGAAUGGAAAGAAGAAUGGAAGCAGAUCUGGAGAACAGAGAAGAAGCAAGUGUGGGUAACUGAGAAGAAACUAGAAUGGAAAGAAGAGAAAGUACAGAUCUGGAGGCCAGAGAAGAAAUUAGAAUGGAUCCAUGAUAAGAAACAGGUCUGGAAAGACGAGUGGAAAGAAAUCAAGGUUCCCGCUUGGAAGGAAAUUCAGGUUCCAGACUGGAAGAAGGUCUGGAAGCCAGUAUGGGAAAAGGUGUGGGUUCCAUUGCCCAAGCACCACGAUCACCACAUCGAAGAACACCAUGAUCACCAUGGAUGGGCGUGAUCAUCUUUUUAGACAUGUGUUUAUUUCCUACCUCUGAAAAUUCCCAAGGGGAUAUUGCACAUAUCACUUUGAAAAUCAAAACGCUUUAUUUUGUCCGAUGACUGCUGAUCCUUUGAAUUUUCCAUCGGUCUUACCGUCACUGUAAUUUUCUAGUCUUGUCAACAAGCGACUGCCUUUACCAGUGAAUCAUAUUGGCUCAUGCUACUCAUUAGAUUGCUAGGAAUUGAGUUCAUUUAUUAUCUCUUGAAAGCAAUUUCACCAACAUUUUGUCCCAGCUCGGCUGGAAAGUUGGUGAUGUAAUCUAUCGAGAUAUUUAAUCAUAACACAUACAUUCUGGUUAAAAUAAUUGAUAUCGUGUGAGGACCUGAUGGAAAAUUCAAAGUUUUUCAGUGAAAUAGUGCAGCUGUGAUGACAUGAGCUAGUAACAUGCCACUGCCACAGUUUACCCUAAUGUGCCAAACAAAUCAUCAUUCCUAAGAUGAAAUGGAAACCGCAUCAAAUAUGAUGAUGAGCCAACUUGAUUGUAUGAAGUAAAUAAUGUGGGAUUAUAGUCGACAGGGUAUCACAUCGAUCCGGAAAUUUUGUAAGGCAUGCUUAAGUACAAAUUGAUUGAGACUCCGAAUUUUCUGACUGCGUGUAUUAUAAUGUGUACCUAUACUAGUUUUAAGUCAGUCCGUUUAAAAUACAGGAAUGCUCUUGCGUGUUUUUGCCUGAUGCGUCCUUAUACUCAGUUUUAAACGAAUUAAAUCUGGAAUCCAAAGGCAGUGUUCGUAAUUAAGUAAUAGGUAAGUGAAAGAGACUUUUAUUUGGAGAGUUAGUGGAUUCAAAAUACUGAAAGGGAAAAUCACGCAAAAGCUAGUUUUACUAAAUACAUUUUUUAGAAAUCUCAGGUGCAAAAAAACUAAAAACAUGCAGCACAAAACAUGAAAGUUGUGAGAAUUUCAACAUCUGACUUAAAUUGAAAAACAUUUCCAUCCAGCUAGUAAAAAUAUAAUCUUGCAAAAUUAUUCUUUCACCUCGCUAUAGAAAUUUAAUUUAAUUCAGUAAAUAUUUUAACAAGGUGCUUUUAUAAUUCUAACGAAAGAACAAUGUAAGUAUCACUGCAAAAAAUCUGACCGAGCUACCAUUGCGACUUACGAUGAAAAUAUUCAUAAGUAUUAUUUUCCAGCCUGAAACUUCUCAACCGCGUCAUGUUUGCGAUGUUACACCUUGUAAGGUUUUCAACAAUUUAGUUGCCUUUGAAUCGAAAUGUUGAGUUAAGAAAAAGGACGAUCUCUCAUUAUAAUUUUCUUCAUUUAAAAUUUGUCUGCAUCAAAAAUAUUCAACAAUAACCUUUCAAGAACAUAUUCUGAAAUACAUGAAUCAAAAUUUAAUAUUAUUCAUCAUACAUUUGAUAGCAUCCCCUAUUGUGCAUGGAACUGCAUAUAGUUUUCUAUUCGUUUUGUAAUUUUCGUAUUGUCUCGAUUUACUUCUUUCACUAUUUUUAUUACUCUAUCUGUAUGAAAAAAAUACGUGCCAAUGAAUCUCUCGCAAGAUUGACUUUAGAUUAUAUUUAAGUUUAAGAUGAUACCAAUGUGCUCUGAAAUUACCUUUUUCAGAUUCAAAAGCCCGUAAAUUAUUCUAUAUUUCAAUUCUUUCAUACCACAAUUUGUGAGCAAUAUUUUCCUGGCUGCCAUCAAGAUACUGCCACAAUAUAACAAAUCAAUCAUAAUGUACUACAAUUUUAACCGUCCUUUUAGUUAUCCAGUACGCACGAAUUUUCUGCAUUUAAAAUUUUUUCUCCGCUCAGCAAGCUAUAUGAGUGAAGUCUGUGCUAUAUAAUAGUAAAACAUUUCAUUACUACAUCCUAAAUAGCUGCUAAAGAUUGAUAAGAUCUACAGAUUUGUGCUUGUCAAUUGAUAAGUUUUAAACCAACAGCAAAAGUUACCAUUGAAUGAAAAAAUUACGAAUGUUACAAUAAGUAUUUCCUUUUUUGUUGAAUCAUAGUUAUAAGAAUUGUAUAUAUUGUAUUAAAACAUCUUUUUUACAUGA